GCAUUGAACACACGAACAUCCGUUUAUUUAAUCAUUACAUUAUAUAUUCGUAAUUAUUCUAUUUAAAUUCAGAUUGAAUACAAAUAGUUGAUGCAUAAGUCUAUAGUGAUUCUUGUAUUUCAGCCGACAACAUGUUUUGGUUUGUAGUUUUAGCUACAGCUGCGGCGCUGUGCGCUGGAGAGCCUGAAGUGGAACAAGUAGCUGCCCCAAGCGGCGCAUACGGAUUGCGUGAACCGACCGUGGGCAUCCCUGAUUUAUCUCGUGGACAUCGGAUCAUUGAGAGCGUCAACCUUCCUGACUACCACGAACCUACAUUGUUACUCGACUAUAGAUAUUUAAAGACCGGAGGCAGGGACUACACCCGAGGUCCUGGUGGCCAGUACCUUAUUUUGCCAAGGAAUGUCCAUACACAGGAGCCUAAAGAAUUCAGAAACUACGAUGAACUUCUGGAAGCCCUCUCACGUAGAAACAGAGCAAGAGUGGAACUUCAGAGGCAAUAUAUACGUGACAAUCAGAGAAACUGGGAAUACUCCGCCCCUCGUGGACAUAGCCAUUUGCACGGAGUACACUAAAAAUCUCUCCCUUAAUGUUUGUAACCUAAAUAGACUACGAGAACAGUUAUUUGCUUAUUAAUUUAUAAUAUGUGUUGAAAUAAUUUCACAAAUUACAAAAAAUAUAUAAUCCACUUUCUCCUCAUAAUAUUACAAGUA